AUGGACAGAAUCGAUCCCGCCAUCAUGGACUCGGGGGGCCGGGAGCCAACGUGCAUCAAUGCUCCGCGUCCCCGAGCUGCCGACGACGAGAACAUCUCUGUCCUUUUGAAUGGCCAGCCCUGCAGCUUCUCGAAUGAAAAGAUCAUGCCCGAAGAGCCCCAAUUUCCUCACGCCACCAAGAAAUCCAAGGAAUACGACAGUCACCACAACCACACUACCCAAGGACCAACCAGACUUGCCACCCUUUUCCCCCUCCAAAGAUGUACGAGACCAUGGAUUACAGGCGCGUUCGCGUUGUACCUCACGGGCCUCAUCCUAAUCUCGGCCUACUCUGCCAGCAAGCUAUUCGACGUCGGCAGCUGGCUAGCCCCUCGACCAGCACAGCCAGCAGCUGCUUCUCCAGCGUCUCGGGUCUCACCGGCCUCACCAGUCCGGAACUGGGAUGCGGCCGCCUCCAAGGCGACGGCCUUUGUGGCGCAACUCAACCUCACCGAAAAGACGCUGAUGGUGACUGGCCAGCUCGGUCUUGAGGCCGGCGGUUGCAUCGGCAACAUUGUGCCGAUCGAGCGCGUCGGCUUUCCCGGCCUCUGUCUGCUCGACGGCCCCACGGCGCUGGACCGCGCCGAUCUCGUCAGCGUCUUCCCCGCCGGUCUCACCACGGCCGCGAGCUGGGACAAGGAGCUCAUCUUCCAGCGCGGCAAGGCCCUCGGCGAGGAGUUUCACGACAAAGGUGUCCAUGUUGGACUCGGCCCGGUCGCCGGACCACUUGGACGCCAACCCCUAGGAGGCCGCAACUGGGAGGGAUUCUCCGUUGACCCCUACCUCACGGGCAUCGCGAUGCAACUCACCAUCCAAGGCAUGCAAUCGGCAGGCGUGCAAGCCUGCGCCAAGCACUUUAUCGGAAAUGAACAGGAAACCCAGCGGACCAAUUCGUGGCUCGCAAACGGCACAGAAAUCGCAGCCAUCUCGUCCAACAUCGACGAUCGCACCCUGCACGAGCUGUACCUGUGGCCCUUUGCCGACUCCGUCCGGGCCGGGGUCGCCAGCGUCAUGUGCAGCUACAAUCGACUCAACCAGACCUACGCGUGCGAGAAUUCGGGCUUACUAAAUGAUAUCCUCAAGACGGAGCUGGCUUUCGAGGGAUACGUCAUGUCCGACUGGUUCGCGACGCAUUCUGGGGCCGAGUCUAUAAACAACGGGUUGGAUAUGAACAUGCCUGGGCCGAUUGGCCAUGCCCAAGCUGUCACUGGCGAAACAUAUUGGGGUCCAAACAUUACCGACAUGGUCAAGAACGGUUCGGUCACGGAAGACCGCCUUGGUGAAAUGAUUCGGCUCAUCAUGACACAAUACUAUCUUUUCGAUCAGGACAGCUCCGACUAUCCCACAGUCGACCCAUCCAUCAUCUUCACAAUAGCAGCACAGUCCAACUUGCUGCAUUUGGUCCCCUUUGAACCACCACCAAGCCGCAACGUCCAACGAGACCACGGCAAGUUGAUUCGCAAGCUCGGCGCCGAAGCAACAGUCCUCCUCAAGAACCUCAACGGAACUCUCCCCCUCCAAACCCCAACCAACAUUGGCGUCUUUGGCAACGACGCCGCCGAUCCAGCCGACGGGCUCGUCUUUGGCGCCGGUUUCGAAAUCGGCACGCUCUCCGUCGGCGGCGGCUCCGGAACAGGACGGCACACCUACCUCGUCUCCCCGCUCGAAGCAAUCAAAGGCCAGGCGCGCACGACGGGCGCGCGCGUGCAGUACAUUCUCGACAACAAGGUCCUCGCCGCGGGGGAUUUCAGCAGCUUGUACCCGAUCCCCGAGGUCUGUCUCGUCUUCCUCAAUACCUUUGCGUCAGAGGCCUAUGAUAGGACGAGCCACGAGGCCGACUGGAACUCGACGCUGGUUGUCGAGAACGUGGCGCGCAGGUGUCCCAAUACGGUCGUCGUGACGCACUCGGCCGGUAUCAAUACCUUGCCCUGGGCUGACAACCCCAACGUCACUGCGAUCUUGGCUGCGCAUUUGCCUGGACAGGAGUCUGGGAAUUCGAUCGUCGAUGUGUUGUGGGGUAAUGUCAAUCCGUCUGGCAAAUUGCCUUACUCCAUUGCCGUCGACGCCAAAGACACCGAUAUCCCCAUCGUCAACCUUACCGGAGCAGAAAUUACGUCGCACACAGCAUGGCAAGCUGAUUUCACAGAGGGUCUCUUCAUCGACUACCGUCAACUCGAUGCCCAGAAUGUUCGCCCUCGCUAUGAAUUCGGCUACGGCCUUAGCUACACCACAUUCGACGUGGAGCCGUCGCUCAAGAUCAAACAGCUAGCGAAAAAAGUCGCCGCCAUCCCGGACCCCAGCACACCCAACGCCCCCGGCGGGAACCCGGAACUCUGGGAGCCUCUCCUCCGCGUCACCGCCCGCGUCACAAACACCGGCGCCGUCGCCGGUGCCACCGUCCCCCAGCUCUACGUGGCACUGCCCCAGGACUCUGUUCCCGAGGGCACCCCCAUUCAAGUUUUGCGUGGUUUUGAAAAGGUAUUUUUGGAGUCAAAGGCGUCUACCACCGUUGCAUUCGAGUUAUUGCGUCGUGAUUUGAGUUAUUGGGAUGUGGCGUCGCAGACGUGGGUAAUCCCUAAUGGGCCGAUUGAGUUCCGUGUUGGCUUCAGUUCUCGUGAUAUCAAGGCUACGGCAACACAGGUUGUGUUGUCCUCCUAG